GUGGACGACAAGCCUGCAGGUUCAAACAUUAGGACGGUGACAGGACAACUCGAGGGUGGGGGGGGGGACAAACACACCAAGAGGUGGUCUCAGGACGGAUUGAGGGAUGGAGACCUUUAGUGGAGAUACGGAGGAGGGCACUGAGGACAUCUCAGGAACCAGGAAGUCCAAAAUAAAGUUCCUGAGGUCUCGUCUUUUUGGGAAAUGUAAAAGACCAGAUGAGGAAUUUGACACCAAACACAGCCAAUCAGCCAGUGACAUCUACGCGGGAAAGGCGCUUGGAUCAGACGAACAUAUAGCAUGUCCCCAAGGGAUGAUGGGAUCCCGGGCGCUGUCCCACGACAGCAUCUUCUGGGCCGACCAGGUCCUGACAGAUGAGGAGCCGAUGAGAGUUUUAUCGCAGGAGAACGUUCACAGCAAAAUUAAAGCUUUGCAGAUGAAGCUUCAGCAGCAGAAGAUGCAUCUGGGGCCUCCUCCCCUGAUUCUGCCAGUCAGGCAACAAGAUAAUGUAGGAGGUCACUCGGAGGACAGCGUUUCUUCGCUUAAGCUUCCUGAGAUCUCAGCAGCGGGGGACGUUCCGACCCAUGGACUCCUCAGCAAGGCUAUAUCCCAGCCGAUCUCUUGCUCGCUCCCGCCCAUCUUCAAACCUUCCGCCGCCAAAUCCAGACCCACCACCCCAUCACCGACGUUCACCCUCCCCACCUCGACCGACACCCCUUCUUGUGAGUCCCCGCUGGACUUUACCUCUUCAGUCCAGUAUAUCCCUUGCUUGGACACAUCCGCGGCUCGACACCGGAUGUCUGUCAAGCCCCGAAACCAGAGGGCCAGCACCAAGAGGAGGGUUUUGGAUCCUGGUUGUAAGGCGGACAACCUAAACAACCAUACUGUACCUGCAACAGAUCUUGGACCCAAGGAGGAAGCAUUGGAAAGACGACAGGAUGUAACCAAUGUUUCUAUAACAUCUCCAAAAUCUUCCAAACUGGAUCCCCUUUCAGAGGCAGCACCUACAUCUUGUACUGUAUCAGACCUAGCCUUACCUGGAAGACUAUCCCCUGUAUGCUCCCGGGUUCUUCAAGUGAAGCUUCAAAGACACGGAGUCGGAACAUCAAUCCAGAGACCACAUUCCUCUUUGGAAAUGAAGGGAACCACUGGGGAUUCCGAGUUUCCUGUCAAGACCCACGACAACAGCUAUAUCCUAAGGAAGACUGAACCAUCUGAUUUAAAGAAUGUCCCCACAAGCUGUGGCUCGGUGGUGUCCAAGUCCUCACCAGUUUGUCAUCCGGAUCAUUGUGAAGCAGAUAGCAUAAGAGGGAUAAAAAGACCCGGGUCUGGGUCUUUCCACUUCGCCAUCACUUCUGCCAAAAGCCGCACUGAGGACAGACCACGAUCGGGCAGUUUUGCGGGUGGAAGUAGACACAAGGUAGGAGCCGACGCUAUAGCUCCUUCAAGCUUGGAGGAACAAAAAGUACCACAACCCAAAGAGAGACCCUUCACCAUGGGAAGACUUCGACAAGAGCAGAAAAGCUCCGUUCUUCGAUGGGAAAGGCAGAACAGCCUGAAAAAUGUGGAAUCUGAGACAGGCUCUAAAACCAUCAGUCCAUCAGAGGCGGUGGAGGCCAAGGAGGAAGUUCUGGAAGAAGAACGAAAGACAGUGUUUGGCUUUAAACUCCGCUCAACAUCGAACUCCAUGAGAUUCUGGUCCGAUGGCUCUUCCAGGUGUCAUUCCAAACCAUCGGAGGAGAAAAGCGAAGGACCGAAAAGACAAGAAAGCAGUGAUAACACCGUCAACAUAGGUAGAAAUACCACCACAGGAGAUUCUCCAUUGACAGAUCCAGCCCUUACAAGCAAUGCUCCCGCCUUGCCAACAGAAACCCAAACCACCUCCUCAAACCUAUCUCUGGAGCCUCAGUCUGCACCACAGAGUACUUCACCCGAAGUGUCCUGGGUGAGUCUGGCAAUGGAAAAGACCAGAAGUCUCCAGCAACUUUUUUCAAGAAGGUUUCCCAAGGACUUUUCAGGGGGGCAAUCCACCACAUGUCCACAAACAUCAACACAACUGCCAAAUCCUGGUGAAGUUGUAAAUGGGAAACAAGUCAAGUCUCACAUUGUAGGUCUGCAGGAAAGUGUGAAGCCUGUACAGGUUGAGAGUACUACAGGAGCCACUGAGCAAAGUAAGACAACAAUCAAGAGUUGGACAGAACCAGAAGUACCGCAAGCACAGUGUUUCCCACAUGUUGUCUCCCAUCAAUCUGUGCUGACAAAUCAAUAUGCGAGCCAAUCCCCCUCGCAUGCUUCUCCCCAAUCAGAAAUCCCAUCUUCAUGUGGACCAGUCACUCCAUCCCUUGUACAGUCAGGCCCAUCAUCUAGGAGCUACCGAGGUCUCCAGCCAAUCCCAACUUUGCCCAAAUCUACAACAUCAGCCCAAACGGGUGCUGUCACAUCACCUGCAGUAGAUGAAGAGCAAAGGGAAUUCCUGGAAAAAGAGAGCCCAUCACUAUUAGGGAAGAGGGGAGGAUGGGCUGGAUCCGUCAGUGAGAAGGCUGCCUUUCUGGAGAGACGUGCAGAGUGGACUGCUGGAGCCAAGGGGGCGGAUCCUCUUAGGAAACCACAAAUGGAAGCCUCAAAGACAUCAGACACCCAGAGCCCCACCAGCGUUCCUCUGGAGGAGAAGUGGAUGCGGAAAAACCUAGCGUCCUCCUUGUCGCCUUCUUCGUCACCUAUACUUCCACCUACAAUGAGGUCCACGCCUGACGGUGAUCAGCCUUCCUGGAUGGAACUGGCCAAGAGGAAGUCCAUGGCAUGGAGUGACAAGACAAUGGACUGAAAGGAUUAACAUAGUUUCUCACAAACGUAAACACGCCCCUCACAUUUUAGCAACUCAUUUUUUUGUUACGGGACAAUACUAUAGAUAGUAAAUAUAGAUAUACUUUAUAGUAGUCAGGGUACUAAGUAUAGAUUUACGGGCCUCUGAACAUAAGUGAAAUUCAGGUGGCAGCACUCAUGCAGCCCAAGACCAUGACCGUACCCACCACUGUGGGCAAGACACCAUUAUCUUGAUACUCACUUGUGCUGCAAGCUAUUCAGACAAUAAUGGCUACAUGUUAACUCGUGUUCAGUGGAUAGUACCUCUAUACAGGUACACAAGCUGUACACUGACUACUCUUAAAAUAUAUCCCAAGUUGACUUCCUAAAAAAAAUCCUUGCUGAAAUGUGAGGGAAUAUAUUAUUACGUGACUGUAAAAAGUUAUUGAUUUAUUUGCGGUAUGUCUGUUUGGUGAAACAACACCUUGGAACAUACAGGGUUCAAACUUUCAACACAUUUUUAAGGCUGUUCAAAAGGCUUGGAUAUUGAACUGUAAUAUACUGUACAUUUGCCAUGUUAAUUAUUACAAUGUGAAUUUAAAAAAUCCAUUCCACCACUUUAAGAUAAAUGUUUCUGGAUGUAAUUUCACUUUCAUAAUAUUAACAAAAUUAUUAAUUAUUAUUAUAUAAUAAAACAAAUAUUUAAUGUGUGUGUUGCUGGCUUUCAGGUGAGGUGAGGUGAGGUGAGGUGAGGUGAAGAGGCAAAGAUCAGUGAGUGGCUUAGUGAGGAAAAUGGCUCUCAUAACAUACAGGUAAACAUACCAUUAGGAUGCAUACGUACAAGUGUGGAAUCAACUGUUCAGUACACUUCUAGAAGUAAUUCAUGCCAAAACAGGCUUAAAAAGUAAAAAAAAGUAACACUAAUGAUUAUAACUUGCAAACAAUAAAAUGAAUUUAAAAUAUAUAUGUUGGAAUCAACUUUUCAGUACACUUCUAGAAGUAAUUUGUGCCAAAACAGGCUUAAAAAGUAAAAAAAGUAACACUAAUGAUUAUAACUGGCCAACAAUAAAAUUGAAUUUAAAAUAUAUAUGUUAGGGUUUUCAUUGAGU